AUGGCUACCAUGCCGGUUCAACAUGCCCUGACUCCAUGGUGGAGGACUCAACCGCACCAACUUGACGACUAUGUGUCGUCUGACUCUGUACCAACGGAAUCAGACAUUGUGAUCAUUGGAGCUGGAAUAUCCGGCGCAUCUGUUGCAUAUCAUCUCCUGCAGCAGCAUAAAGGACCCAACCCACCAAGAAUUACCAUACUCGAGGCUCGUCAGGCAUGCUCUGGGGCAACGGGUCGAAACGGAGGGCACUUAAAGCCAGACCCGUACAGCUUCAUCAGCGAGCUUGCCGCAGAGUACGGCCCGGAAGCAGCCGAAGAAGUAGCUCGGUUUGAGCGAUCUCAUGUUGAUGCGAUUACUCGCCUUGUGAGAACUGAGAAGAUCGACUGCGACUUUGUGUUGACUAAAGCAAUUGACGUUCAAUUGCAUCUUAACGAAUGCAAAAAAGUCAAGGCUCGCUUUGAUCGCUUACCAGGUCUCGGUGUCAAAUCGGCCGAAAGUGUGAGCUUCACGGACCAAAAAGGGGCAGAAGAAAGGUCUCAUGUCAAGGGAGCCCAAGGCUGUUUCAGCUACGAGGCCGGCCAUAUCUGGCCCUACAAAUUGGUUCUGCACAUUCUUGGCCGUUGUGUUGAGCAAGGAGCAAAGUUAUACACGCAUACUCCAGCGCAGUCUAUUUCAUCAGAACAAGAUGCUUCGGGUCUAUGGACGGUGGAAACGCCACGGGGCGCUAUCAAAACAAAAAAUGUGGUUUUUGCCAGCAAUGCUUACACAUCGGCUAUUCUUCCUAUGUAUUCGAACAAGAUUGUUCCAGUGCGUGGAGUCUGCUGCAGGAUAGUCCCGGUUCGCCAGGUGAAAAAGCUAACAAAAACAUACACCUUGAGAUGGUCAUGGAGUGAGUUCGACUAUCUUAUCCCCCGGGAAGAUGGCAGUGUGAUUGUCGGUGGGGCCUGGAAUAAAUAUUACCGGCAAACGGGAGAUUGGUACAACAACAUCGACGACAAUGGGAUGAUCGAGUCCGCCAAAGAGUACUUUGAGGGUUAUAUGCAGCGAAACUUCCACGGCUGGGAGGAAAGCGGUGCAUAUGUGGAUCAGAUUUGGACUGGAAUUAUGGGUUAUUCGACAGACUCUCUGCCUCAUAUUGGACAAGUGCCCGGAAAGACAGGUCAAUUCAUAAUUGCUGGGUUCACCGGACAUGGAAUGCCGCAGGCAUGGCUUUCCGGUAAAGGUGUAGCGGCAAUGGUCUCGGAGGGGAUUCCGUUCGCUAAAUCUGGGAUCCCAAGAAUCUUUGAGGCUACUCAGGCUCGCCUUGAGAAAGACAGAAACGACAUCCUUGAAACUAUGGGUGAAGUUGACAAGCCAUGCGCACGUUUGUAA